GGGUUUGCUUUUAUUGGCAUGAUCGCAUCCAUUUCUCGUUUCGCUUCGCCUGAUCGGGUGAGGUAGAGUUUCGAACGAGUCGCUGCCUCUACUUGUCUGAUCGGAAGUUUCGAAAGAUAGAUAAUGUUCUCCCUUCGCCUCCUUCGACGACGACGGCAGCUCGUUCGAUGCGACGGUUCUGAACUUCUUUUCAGGAAUGGGAUAUUGAGUAAAAUGGCCAGUUUUUUUUUCAGAAUAAUGUUACCAUUUAAAAUAAUGUUUAGGGAAUGAUCGAUAGCUGAAAGCUGUAAGCGACUUCCUGGAAUGGCAAGUGAAAUACUGAAGCUGAAGGAAAGCAUUUCAGCGGGGAAUGCUAUAUCUUCUGCAUCUGACACUUCCAGGGAACUUGAUGGCGGUUCUGGCAUAUUUGUUUCAAAAGAAGUGAAGCUCACAGACGGAAUUCUUGCUCAGGAAGGCAAUUCACAGUUUGAGCCAAAGGUUGGAAUGCUCUUCAAUUCGGAAGAGCAAGCUUAUGAAUUUUAUAAUUCUUAUGCAAAGAGAAAAGGUUUUAGUGUUCGAAAAGGUCAUCUUUCACGAAGGAAGGAUGGGAGUAUUCGGGAUAGACACUACUUGUGUAGCAAUGAAGGCACACGGCAGGAACAUCGUACGCACAUAACAAAAAAGCCACGGGCAAUUGAGAGAACAAAUUGUUUGGCUCGCAUUGAAUUGAAAGUUACUCGUGAUAAUGCAUGGACUAUAAGCAAGUACAUUGAUGAUCAUAAUCAUCCACUUGCAAGCCCAAAUAAGAUACACAUGUUGAGGUCUCAUAGAUCAAAGUUCCCUCCCCAUCGUGCAUUUAUAAGUGAAUCGGACUAUAUGGGAAUCAAACCGGUCCAAACAUGUGGAGGUCAGGUAGUGGACGCUCGCUGUGCAGAAAGUGCAGUGUUUCUUUACAAGAACCAGAGCUGCAAUUUAUUGCAAAGUAAUCGGACCAGAGACCUUGAGAAGGGAGAUCCACAAUUCAUCUUGGAUUUCCUGAAAGCCAAGCAAUCGGAGGAUCCUACUUUCUGUUAUGCAGUGCAGCUCGAUGAAAAGGACCGGCCUACCAACUUUUUUUGGACAGAUGCUCGAUCUAUAUUUGAUUAUAGUUACUUUGGUGAUUCAAUUUUAUUUGAUACCACAUACCGGGUGAGCAUUUAUGACAUACCCUUUGCUCCAUUUAUUGGUAUAAAUCAUCACAAGCAAAUUGUUGUUUUUGGUGCUGCUCUACUCUUGGAUGAGACUAUUGAGUCGUUCUAUUGGUUGUUCAAGACCUUCUUGGAAGCAAUGUCUGGAAAACAACCAAAAACAAUCUUGACUGAUCAAUGUGACGCAAUGUCAAAGGCAAUUGUCAUGUCAAUGCCUGAAACGUAUCACCAGUUUUGCUUAUGGCAUAUUCUUGAAAAUGCUCCAAAAAUUAUUCCACAUAUUUUCAGUCGUGACCCCAGCUUUGAGAGAGACUUUGAGAAUUGCUUAUGUGAAGGUUCCUCUGAAGUUGAUUUCUACAAAGCAUGGGAAAAUCUGAUAUCCAAGUAUGGUCUCAUGAACAAUAGAUGGUUAGAAGAUUUAUAUGCGGCCAGAGAGAAGUGGUCAUUGGUAUACUGCAAAAAAUCAUUUUGUGCCACCAUGACAACCAAGGAAUGGAGAGAUACCAUGAACAACAAUUUCAAAAUGUUAUUCUAUAGGAAGUUGCCUCCUUCAAAAUUCAUGGUGCAGUAUCAUAGGGCAUUGAAUCAGCUUCGUGAGAAGGAAUUAUGUGAAGAUCAUGAAUCAAGGGUUUGUAAAUCUGCCCUGCUAGCUGAUAUACCAACAUUAGUGGAAGCUGCGGAAUAUUAUACAAGAGCAAUAUACAAGGAUUUCGAAGAUGAGUAUAAAAGCCAGCUUGCCUGUCUCUGUGAACCUGUUGGAAUAGAGAGAAACGUUUACACUUUCAGGGUCUCCAUUCCCCAGAAACGUUCUUUCGGUCUUGUCGAGUUUGAUUCAUCAAAUGUCUCAGUUGCAUGCAGCUGCAACAAAUUUGAAUCAAUGGGAAUUCUUUGCAUGCAUGCACUUAAGGUUCUUAACUACAACAACAUUCUUCACCUUCCAAGUCGAUACCUGCUCAAGAGGUGGUCAAAGCAUGCCAAAGAUGGAGUGGCAGCAGACCAGCAUCUGAACGCUGAAGAUCAAACUGUUUUAGAUCUUCAUUACUUUCAGGUUGUACGUAAGGCCAUUGCAGUUGUGGUUAAAAGUGUCUUCUCGAAAGAAGCCCUUGACCUUGUUGAGCGUAGGCUUGAUAGGUGCAUGCAAGAAACUGAAAAUACGUUGCCAAAUGCUACACCAGAUAAGCAACUAGAAGACGUCAUCAUUGUCCAUAAUCUGCAACAGAGUAAUGCAGUAGAAGCGAACAACCUUUUGUUUUGAUGGAUUUCAGUAUAAUCUGUCCUAUAGAUCACUCAUUGUUAUUUAUGCAUGUGUUUUGUUCCUAAAUUAAUAUAAUUCUUUUUCUAGGGGCACAUUAGAGUGUUGGGUUUGGGUUUAAUAUUGGUGAAAAAUAUGUUGGAAUAUCAAAUAUUUGGCCCUCAUUUAAGUUUAUUAGGCUAAUAAUUAUGGUCUCCUAGUGGUUUUAAACUUCCUAACAAAUGGUACUAUGGCAGACGGUGUGAUAUAUAUAUAUAUAUAUAUGAUGUUAAACAAAAAAACUCUUCUUUCAGCAUGACUAAUUGAUGUGGUCUCACAACACCUUACUAUUCCGCAAGCACACCAUAUACAGCACAUGGUAUAUUUUCACCUCCACUAGUUCCUGCUAUGAUAACUAAUUUUGGGACUGUAGUACAAUCAUUAUCCUUAUUUUCUACUUUUAUGCUUUUAGUAACUCUCUCUACAGAGUAUAGAUAGGAAGGGUGUUCAUACAAAAAGGAUAUACUGAAUAUUAUCACUUUACCUUCAGCUUAAGAAAACCUUUACUCUUUGUUUUCUGUUUUGUGCCCUGUUUUCUCUCCAGGUUGCAGGACAUCGUCACGUCAACUGGUAUCAGAGCUUGGUUGGGUGAACGUAGGCGGAGGUGUGAUGUGCUGGGAUGGCCGAGAGUAGUAGGCACAACGCCCUUGACGGCGAUCAGGGCGAGAACGCAAUGUGGGCGGCACAAUCCAAGAUACUCAAGUAACUAGAGGAGCUCGAUGCUGAAUUUCGCUGAUUUUCCACAAAGAUGUGUCGGAACUUCAAAGCCUAAAAGUAGGAGCCGAUAAUACUCAGGCGGUAGCUCGAGAAGCCUCAUCGAACCGCCGAAUGGGUCCACAGAGGGGGCGUAAUGGGAGGCGUCCAAAUCUGGAUGCACACAUUGACGAACCCGAACUUAGAGCUUUAGAUAUGGAAGCCGCAUUCCAGCAACAAUAGAGAUAUAUGUCCGAUUCAGCUGAAGAUGGAAUACUUGGGAAUUGAGUUCUCAGGUUCGGGGUGCCACGUAGACCCCAGGGGGAGUUCCAAGUCAAAAUGGAUAUUUAGUUCUUUGAAUGUCGCUUGCAUAUUGAGGACUACCUUGAUUGGGUAAGAUCAGUUGAAACAUUUUUUAAAUACAUGGACAUCCCCGCCGACAAACAAGUGAAAUAUGAAGCAUGUAAAUUAAAGGGGGGAGCAAGCGCUUGGUGGCAACAAGUUCUACAAUCGAGGUAUAGAGAAGGGAAGGGCUUGGUUCAAAACUGGGCACAAAUGAAGCAACUACUUCGCAACCAUUUCUUACCUAUUGAUUUUGAGCAAUUGUUAUAUAUGCAAUAUCAUUAGUGUAACCAAGGAAACAUGAGUGUUAGUGCUUACACUAAAGAAUUCUAUCGCCUCAGCGCCCGGAAUAAUCUCAAUGAAACUAAUAAUCAAAUUGUGGCAUGUUACAUCAGCAGGUUGAAGGAUAAUAUCCAAGACAAGUUAGAGUUAAAUUCUAUAUGUACUUUAUCACAGGCUGCGAAUUUCGCCUUGAAAGCUUAGAUGCAAUUGAAGAAGCAUGCCUGCACUUUUAAUAACUGACGACAUUUUUCUGACUCAACUAUAGCUAAUAGCAAAGCUCCCACUAACACUUAUAAUAAGCCAAUAAAUAAAAGCAAUACCACUUCUGGGCCACCUCCACAAGUCUCCAAAAACAAAUCCUUGGCCAAGUUAAAGGCUCCGAUUAAGGACAAUCCUUACAACAGACCGAACACCUUGAAGUGCUUAUGAUGUUUUCAGCCGUGUCAUAAGUCUAAUGAGUGUCCAAAUAGUCAAUAAGUGCAGAUUUUAGAAGGCAAAUUUGUAGCCCAGCAAGCUACAGCUGAAGGAGAUGAUGAAGAUGAAUAUGAUGAGGUUGAAGGGGAUGAUGGGGAACCAGUGAUAUGUGUUUUUUUGGAAAAAUUGCUGCUAGCUCGGCGUCAGUCUAAUGUUUCACAAUGAAACGCCAUCUUCAAGACAAAAUGAUGGGGACAUCGACAAGAGGUUUCGACGCAUUUAUCAGAGGCGACACAAGAGAUCGAUGGCCAUGAUGGAGAGUCUUUACUUUUGAUGCAUUUUCUGUAUUACCAUUUUAUGUAUUAAUUAUUUUAUUUCAGUUUUUGCCCUUAUGGGUAGUUGGUUGCUUUUGUAGCCCAAGGGGCAUUCUAGUCUUUUGUUUUAUUUGUCAUUUCGAGGUCUAUAUAUAUGACCAUCUUCUUAUGUAUGAGGGGAUUUUUUUUGGGAUGAAUGAAAAGUUAUCUUGGUGA